UUGGCGCCCCGCCCACAUGCCUAUUCCACAGUUUUAAGCCAUACUGGCCAGACAGAGAGUUUAUUCUCCGCUGAGGCUGCUUCUGCCUUCCGGCUGAACAUGCCUUUCAUUGAGCUGGACACAAACCUGCCCGCCAGCCGCGUGCCCGCCGGGCUGGAGAAGCGGCUGUGCGAGGUCGCCGCCACCAUCCUGGGCAAACCCGUGGAACACAUGAACGUCACUGUGCGGCCUGGCCUGACCAUGGUGCUGAGCGGAUCCACAGAGCCCUGCACCCAGCUGCUCAUCUCUUCCGUCGGUGUGGUGGACACUGCGGAGAAGAAUCGCGGACACAGCGCCAGCUUCUUCGAGUUUCUCACCAAGGAGCUGGGCUUGGGCCAGGACCGGAUAAUUAUCCGCUUUUAUCCAAUGGAGCCCUGGCAAAUUGGAUUCAAUGGUACUGUCGUAACAUUUUUAUGACACAAAGGCACAAAGGAUGCGGGACAUCAGCCUGUGAGCUGGCUGCCUCUUCCCGAGAAGCCAGGGCCUGGCAGACUCAGGGCCUGGUGGAUACCGGGUUCUGGCACUCGUCUGCAGAUAUGUCUGUGACCUUGCAGUUGUCCUCUUCCCCACCCUCAUUCCAAAUAAACGGAGAGGACCUUAUCGUCUAAA